AUGAUGUCCUCGACUCCUCCUAGCGGCCCACCAAGCCCGGCCCUCUUCGUAAGCGGCCUUCCCGUUGAUUGCACCGCUGAGUUUGCCAAGUCAAUCUUCGGCCAGUACGGCAUUGUGAAGGAUGCAAGGAUGCUUCCAGUCGCUCCAGGCAAGACCGCGGCGGCGGCAGUUGUGGUGAUGAACACGGCAGAUGAUGCGAAGUGGAUCGUGGAGCAUGUCAACGGCAACGUCCCGCAGAGCCUCACCCAGCCUGUCACAGUGACCUUCAAGUUCAAGGGCAAGGGCUUCGAGAAGGGCUUCGGCAAGGGUUGGGACAUGGGCGGCAUGGGAGGUGGCAUGGGUGGAUGCGGCGGAAAGGGUGCAGACGGCGGCAAAGGUAUGAAGGGAGAUGCAAAUCCCGCUGUUGCGGGUUUGUUGCAGCUGCUUGUUCCCUUGGUGGGUGCUGUGGCUGGGAUGCAGGGAGGUGGUGGUGGUGGAGGAGGCGGAGGAUGGGAUGGCGGUUACGGCAAGGGAGGUGGUAAGGGCUGGGACAACGGCAAGGGCAAGUGGUGA